AAAGAGCUUUGCUUUUCCAGGGGAGCUCCUCCCGAGCCACUGCUCCUCUCCCUGAGAGAGCCCCUGGGUACUGGGACAAGCUCUUCCACCCCGCCCAAAACUCUUACGCACGUACCUUGGGGCUGCACGGGAAGCAGGCAGGACGGUAUGGUGCGGCGCGUGGCGGUGGUGGGCGCAGGCGUCAGUGGGCUGGCGGCCAUCAAGUGCUGCCUGGAAGAAGGGCUGGAGCCCACCUGCUUCGAGCAGAGCGAGGACGUCGGGGGGCUCUGGCGCUACACGGACCAGGCAGAGGAAGGCAGAGCCAGCAUCUACCGCACUGUCUUCACCAACUCCUGCAAAGAGAUGAUGUGUUACCCUGACUUCCCCUUCCCUGAAGACCACCCCAACUACAUGCACAACGCCAGGCUCCAGCACUACAUCUGCAAGUACGCUGAGCACUUUGACCUCCUCCGGCACAUACAGUUCAAGACCCUGGUCACCAAGGUUAAAAAACGCCCUGACUUUUCUGUGACGGGGCAAUGGGAGGUGGUGACCCAGAGAGACGGGAAGGAAGAGACAGCAGUUUUUGAUGCUGUUAUGGUUUGCUCUGGGCAUCAUGUCUACCCAAACCUCCCCCUCGCUGAUUUUCCAGGAAUACAGAAGUUUAAAGGCUGCUACUUCCACAGCCGAGAGUACAAGGAGCCAGAGAAGUUCAGAGGGAAGAAGGUGCUGGUGAUAGGCUUGGGCAACUCGGGCAGUGACAUUGCUGUGGAGCUCAGUGCCGUGGCAUCACAGGUCUACCUGAGCUCCCGAAGUGGGUCCUGGGUGAUGAGCCGCGUCUGGGACAACGGCUACCCCUGGGACAUGCUGGUCAUCACUCGUUUCCGGACCUGGCUGGGGAACAUCCUCCCCAGGGCGAUCAGCGACUGGCUGUAUGUGAGAGGCAUGAACCGGUUCUUCAAGCACGAGAACUUCGGCCUCAUGCCACUGAACAGAACUUCCCGCAAGGAGCCGGUGUUCAAUGAUGACCUCCCGAGCCGCAUCGCCUGUGGCGUGGUGGUGAUUAAGCCAAACGUGAAGGAGUUCAGAGAAACGUCCGUCUUGUUCCAAGAUGGGACUGUGCAGGAUGACAUCGAUGCGGUAGUCUUUGCCACUGGUUACAGUUACUCUUACCCUUUCAUGGAGGAUGAUUCCAUCAUCAAAAGCAGGGACAAUCAGGUCACCCUCUACAAAGGCAUCCUCCCUCCUCGGCUGGAGAAGCCAACCAUGGCAGUCAUUGGGCUAGUCCAGUCCCUUGGACCCAUCAUCCCAACAGCGGACCUCCAGUGCCGCUGGGCAAUCAAGGUGUUUCAGGGGCAGUGCACGCUCCCCCCAGUCAGCGAGAUGAUGCAUGACAUCGAUGAGAAGAUGGGGAAGAAGCUCAAGUGGUAUGGGAACAGCACCACGCUGCAGACGGAUUAUAUCACUUACAUGGACGAGCUGGCCUCGGCCAUCGGUGUGAAGCCCAACGUGCUGAAGCUCCUGCUGACGGACCCGCGGCUGGCCCUGGAGGUCGUCUUUGGCCCCUGCAGCCCCUACCAGUUUCGGCUGAUGGGCCCAGGGAAGUGGAGCGGGGCCAGAAAGGCCAUCCUCACCCAGUGGGACCGAACGCUGCGGGUGACGCAGACACGCGUCGCCCCCGCUGUCCCCACCACCUUCCCCUGCCUGGCUAUGCUAGGGGUGCUCUUCCUCCUGCUCCUCCUCCUCCUUGCUGCCCUUUACUGCUAGGGGACCCCAGGGGGAUGGGGAGGGAUGCAGGAGUACAGAGCGGUGUACGUGCAUGGGAUGCUUUCUCCUGCUGGGCAAUGUGUGCUGCUGCCCUGCUCAUUAACCUGAAAAUAAGUCAUCAAGAGAUCCCUGAAAAAUGGCAUUGAUAAAUCGGAUGUGAUCUCUGUGCCUGGUAAAAUUGGGAGGUUUCUCAGCUGGGGCUAUGAAAGAGUGUAAGUGCCAGCCCCAGUAAGUAACAUUGGUUAUUUUGUCCCUCUACAUGUAUUCAAAUAGUGGUGCAUUGCUACAUGUCUUUAAAUCUCCCUGUCUACUGUCUCUUUUUCUGGUGGAAAACUAGAGUCAACAUGUUUGGUUUUUCAAGAAAAUUUUCAGUGUAAAGCUUGUGUUCUGGCUAAAACCAGCUUGCCUGAAUUGGCCCUUUUGAAAAAUAAUUUUCAUAACAAGUAAAGAAAAACAUCCACGUUUUUUUCCAGUGGGGAAAGAUGCCCAAAUGAAAAAAAUAAUCAGAUUAAAAUAUUGAGAGGAAUACUCUGGUAUAUAAACAGCCCACCAGCUCUCAGAACAACAUCUGGACUUCGCUGGAACAUGCGAGCAUCUGAAAGCUGAGAUGAACCGUGUCUGCCAGCCAAAAUGCCCUGUCCCGCUGGGGCUGUGUAACCCAGCACCAUAGCUGCUGCAGCCAUGGUGAGAGCAUCCUCGGAGAGAUCCCUCUCUGAGCUGCUUCGCUUCCUGCUGGGCAUCCCUGUCCCUGCAGCAACAGCUUGGAUGGGCACCUGUGCCCCUCUCUGUGGCCACCCCCAAUGCUUGUCCAGGGGUGACAGGGAUGUGCCAUCUGCCCAAUUGCCCAUCCCGAGGUGGGGAACAAAGCCUCCAUGGUCCACCCUCACCUGAGCAAGUGGGGAGGAGCUGGGCUGAUCCUGGUGAGCUGCUGAAAUUCUGAUGUGGCCAGAUCAUGUGGGCUUUUUCUUUGCAUCCAUCUGCCGAGAGUGGAACCAGCCCGUGGUGUAAUUUCGGUGCUCCCCGGGAAGCACUCUGCCUGCAGGCAUCUUGGCUUUUCUCCUCCAUACAGCAAUAACUAUGGCUUUGCAAAAUGCUCUGUGGUUUUAUGAAAUGCACCAUGUAAAUGCAAAAUAAUAUCAUUGCUGUGAGCUCUAGCCCUGGAAACGAGACUAGAGGAUGCCUGCCAUUCCCUUUUCAGUGCCUCUGCCCAAGUCCUCUGCUAACAUGCUGCUUCCUACCAGGAGAUGAAGAGGUUUGCCUGCUCUUAUUUCUUCCAGUCCAAAUGAUGUGUACCUGUGGUGGGAAGCAACCCCUUCCUAUGAUUGUGAUCCAAUUCAAAACACUGCAGAUGCACCAUCUAUCUGAAACAUGAAUAAAAAUACAGUGGCAUCAUCUGA